UUAAACUAUGUUAUUACUUUAGGUGUUAUAACUGACGUCAUUUAUUUUUAAGUUAGCAAUCGGUGCCAGGUUGUUGUUAAAAAGGUUUUGUCGCUUCUGUGAAGUCCGUCAAGAUGGUUCGCGAGCUUAAUAUGGACACCCAGCGGCAAAACUUUUGGAAAGAAGCAAUCAAAAAGGAGGCGUACGUGAGGCUUGCCUGGCACCAGAAAUACCGGGACAACGUUAGCGAGGACGAUCAAACGCAGGCUACAGAACAACAGAGAACCCGUUCAAAAAGAUUUCAAGACAUGGUCCCAAAACCUCCGACUAGAAGCCUCACACUUCCUGUCCUAUCUUACCCAAAGCGGCGGCAACCAAAACUUGAAGUAGUAGCGCCUACUACCGAGGUGGUUGAUCCAAACCUGCUGUUAGUGGAAAUGCGUCCAGUUUCCCCUGGUAUCCGAAAAAUGUUAUACCACGGUUUUACAAAGGAGGGCAAGGGUAGAUACCAAUACCUGCAAGCACGAACCAUUAAGAAACCUGAAGAAAAAUACGAAUUUCCACUGACCACAUCUUGGGAAUACGGUUGGCACUUGGACGACGUUGUUAAAGAUUUCUGGGCACCGCAAUUCGGCCGCUCCCGCAUCGUACGCGACACUUUUUACAGAAGAAACGGCAUUUUGUACGAACCGAUCACCGCCUAGACUCCCCAGCCACCUGCCACGCGUGCAAUACCUUUCCAACAAACCUUCACGUGUGAUUUUACCUUUAACGCCAUAAAUAAUUGCCGCCGAGAUUUUAAAUAUACAUUGACAGCCAUUUAUACAGAGAUUAUUUACAUUGCCCAUGUAGUUCUUUGCUUUUAAAUAAUUUAUGGAAUUAAAUUUAAAUAUCUUGCCAAAUCAAAACGCUUUAUAGUAGUGUAUUGAUUUUACAAAUACAUAUAUUUACUGGA